AUGAAGGGCAUUCAUUUCCUACUCAUAUUUAUCAUAUUGGCUUUGGCAAAUUUCAUUGCCUCAGCCGAUGACCCAAGCCCUCUUCAAGACUUCUGCGUAGCAAUAGACGACCCUAAAAGCGCAUCAGUGUUUGUGAAUGGGAAAUUCUGCAAGAACCCAAAUCUUGCCAAUGCAGAGGAUUUCUCCACUUCCGGACUUGACAUUGCUGGGAACACAAUAAACGCAGUUGGAUCCAAUGUGACCGAUGUAAAUAUUGACAGAAUUCCAGGGCUCAACACUCUUGGGGUAUCAUUGACUCGCAUUGACUUUGCACCACAUGGCCAAAACCCACCUCACACUCACCCCCGUGCCUCCGAAAUCCUCGCUGUUGCGACGGGAAAACUAUUGGUCGGUUUUGUGUCGUCGAAUCAAGACGGAAACCGCCUUUUUACAAAGAUCUUAAACCAAGGAGAUGUGUUUGUGUUCCCAAUUGGUUUGAUUCACUUCCAGUUCAAUCUAGGACUUACGCCAGCACUUGCGUUUGCUGGUCUAAGCAGCCAAAACCCGGGAACUAUUACAAUUGCAAACGCAGUGUUUGGAUCUAAGCCUCCAAUUAACCCUGAUUUCCUAGCCAAAUCCUUCCAAGUGGACACGAGUAUUAUCAACUUUCUUCAAAAGCAAUUCGGGAGUAACACAAGCUAG